AUGAGACUUCAUCAAUAUGACUACGUAUUUGCCAUUGGCACUUUGUUUGCCAUGCUAGAUGCCUACAACAACGGUGCAAACGAUGUCGCCAACUCUUGGGCUACCAGUGUGUCGUCCCGAUCGAUCAGCUACCGACAGGCCAUGGUUCUCGGCACCAUCUUCGAGAUGCUCGGAGCCAUCACCGUCGGCGCCCGUACUGCCGAUACCAUCAAGAACGGUAUCAUCCCCGUCUCGGCUUUCCGUGGUGAUGCCGGUGUCCAGAUGCUUGCAUUCACCUGUGCUCUCGCCGCUGCCUCUUCCUGGGUCAUGUGGUGUACUCGUCACUCCGCUCACGUCUCCUCCACAUACUCUCUCAUCUCUGCCGUGGCCGGUGUCGGUGUCGCAACAGUCGGUGCCUCCAAGGUCCAAUGGGGCUGGAACGGUGGUAAAGGUCUCGGCGCCAUUUUCGCUGGUCUUGGAAUGGCCCCUGCCAUCUCUGCUGCCUUCGCCUCCAUCAUCUUUAUGUUGAUCAAGCUUAUUGUUCUCGUUCGCAGGCAGCCUGCCAAAUGGGCAGUCUGGACCUCUCCAUUCUUUUUCCUCCUCGCCGCCACUCUUUGUACCUUGUCCAUUGUGUACAAGGGAUCCCCCAGCUUGGGUUUGAGCAAGAAGCCUGGUUGGUACAUCGCUGCCGUCACCAUGGGUACAGGUGGCGGUGUCUGCCUCUUGUCUGCCAUCUUCUUCCUUCCUUGGCUCCACGCAAAGGUCAUCAAGAAGGACCCUACAAUCAAAUGGUGGAUGUUCAUCUUUGGACCUCUUCUCUUCAAGCGUCCUGCUCCUGCUGAGGAGCACGAAGCCAAUGUUCCCAACUACGCUGUUGUUCAGGACGAAGAUGACAAGACCGUUGUUGGUUCCCCCGAGAUCAACGCACAUGACGUUGAAAAGUCCGACCAGGGCGAUGCUUCCACCAACACUUCUGAGAAGGAUGAGAAGCAACUUGUCGCUGCCGAAGCCACCCAGGCCACUUACAAAGAGCUCAUGGCUCAGGGUGAGGCCCGAUUCCAUGCCAAACUCCUCCAGAAGCGUGGCCCUCUCGGCUGGGCUUUGCGAACUCUCCGCGACAACCCCAUGGGCGCCGGUCAAAUCUACGAAUUCCACAAUGUCAAGAUCCUCGCCAAGCGUAUCCCCGCCAUGAUUGUUACCGGUCUUCUCUACGGUAUUCACUACGACAUCCACGCCGCCCAGACUGGUAUCGCCGGUACCCCCGACGGUCAACGAAUGCAACGCGUCUACUCUCAUGCCAAGAAGUACCCCAACGAGGUCGAGCAUACCUAUUCCUUCAUCCAAGUCAUUACCGCUUGUACUGCUUCUUUCGCCCACGGUGCCAACGAUAUUGGUAACUCUGUCGGUCCCUGGGCCGUCAUCUACUCUGCCUGGAACACCGGUAAUGCCGCUGCUUCCAAGGCCCCUGUCCCCGUUUGGCAACUCGCUGUCUUGUCUGGCUGUAUCUCGAUUGGUCUUAUUACCUACGGUUACAACAUCAUGAAGGUCAUGGGUAACAAGAUCACCUACCACUCCCCCAGUCGAGGAAGCUCUAUGGAGAUGGGUGCCGCUCUUACUGUCCUCAUUUUCUCUCAAUACUCCCUUCCCGUCUCGACUUCGAUGUGCAUUACCGGUGCCACCGUCGGCGUUGGUCUCUGCAAUGGUACCAUCAAGGCCGUUAACUGGCAGCGAGUCGGCCUUUUGCUUGCUGCAUGGAUUAUGACUAUUCCUAUUGCCGGUACCAUCGGCGGUGUGUUGAUGGGAUUGUUCAUCAACGCUCCUCAUUUCACUUCUUAG